AUGGUCUUCACGAGGUCCGUCUCCUUCGCCGCAGCAGUAGCAGGCCUCUGUGCCGUGCCGACGCUGGCACAACAGUUCCCAGACUGUGCCAGUGGGCCAUUGUCGAACAAUACGGUUUGCAACACUUCAGCUUCAGUGGCCGACAGAGCUCGUGCACUGGUGAAGGAGCUGACAACCGCCGAGAAGUUCAAUCUGACCGGAAGUUCCUCUCCUGGCGUGCCCAGGCUAGGUCUCUACUUCUACCAGUGGUGGCAAGAGGCACUCCAUGGUGUUGCUGAUUCGCCUGGAGUCAAUUUCAGCGACACAGGAGACUUCUCCUAUGCCACAAGUUUUCCACUGCCUAUUCUCAUGGGUGCGGCAUUCGAUGACCAGCUUAUUCAUGAUGUUGCCACAGUCAUCUCAACGGAGGCACGAGCAUUCAACAAUUUCAAUCGCACAGGUCUUGAUUUCUGGACUCCUAACAUCAACCCUGUCCGUGAUCCGCGUUGGGGAAGAGCCUUGGAAACCCCGGGAGAGGACACCUUCCACCUCAAGUCGUAUGUCAACGCGUUAAUCGCCGGGCUGCAGGGCAACCAGGACACCCUCAAGAUCGUGGCCACAUGCAAGCAUUUCGUUGGGUAUGAUUUAGAGGAUUGGCACGGUCACGAUCGCUAUGGCUUUGACGCCGAGAUCACGAUGCAGGACCUGAGCGAAUACUACAUGCAGCCAUUCCAACAAUGCGCCCGAGACUCCAAGGUCUCAUCUAUCAUGUGCUCUUACAACGCCAUGAACGGUGUUCCGACCUGUGCGGACCCGUAUGUGUUGCAGACAAUUCUUCGCGAGCAUUGGGGUUGGGAGGCAGACGGCCACUACGUGACCUCAGAUUGCGAUGCUAUCCAGAACAUCUAUAUUCCUCAUGAAUAUACCUCCACCCGUGAGGAGGCAGUGGCGGAUGCUCUGAUUGCUGGCACCGACCUGGACUGUGGCACCGUGUUCCCAUCAUUUCUGCCCAAUGCUUUCGAGCAGGGUUUGUUUAACGAAACCGUCAUCGACACUGCCCUCGUUCGCCUAUACUCGGCACUUGUCCGCUUGGGCUACUUUGAUCCAGAAGACUCGUCGCCCUACCGCAGCUACACGUUCGACGACGUUUCUACACCGGAAGCACAAGCGCUCGCUCUUCGUGCUGCCGAGUCUGGGAUGACCCUUCUAAAAAACGAUGGCACCCUCCCGUUAGACCUGUCCGGAUCCAACAGCGGCAACAUCACGGUGGCCAUCGUCGGCAACUGGGCCAACGCCACGACCGAAAUGCUAGGUAACUAUGAAGGCAUUCCUCCGUACAUGCACUCGCCUCUCUACGCGCUCCAGCAGCUGCCCAACGUGAAUGCACUCUACGCCGCGUUCUCCAAUUUCCCCACGACGGGAAACUGGCCCGCUGGCCUCGCCGCCGCCCAGCAAGCGGACGUGAUUAUUUACGCUUCCGGGCUCACCACGGACGACGAAGAGGAAGACCAUGACCGAGAGACGGUUAGCUGGGGUGCAGGUCAGAUCGACGUUGGUCGCCAGCUCGCCGCCUUGGGCAAGCCAAUGAUCAUUGCGCAGUUCGGCACCUCGCUCGACAACUCCGAGUGGCUGGCCAACGAGAAUGUGUCGGCCAUCAUCUGGGGCGGCUACCCGGGCCAGGACGGUGGUCAAGCAUUGAUCAAUAUCAUCACGGGGGUUACGGCCCCAGCGGGUCGUCUUCCUGUCACGGUGUAUCCGUCUCACUAUGUUAACGAUGUGCCCAUGACCGACAUGGGCCUGCGUCCCAACGCCAGCAGCGGUAACCCGGGCCGCACCUACCGCUGGUACAACUCCCCCGUUCUUCCCUUCGGCUACGGGCUUCACUACACCAAGUUCUCCGCCUCCGUCUCCUCUCCCAACAGCACGACCUCUUCCCCCGCCGCCAGUAGUAGCAGCAGCAGCAACUCCAGCUCCACCGAGUCCCCCGCCCCAACCUACAACCUCUCCGCCCUCACCACCUCCUGCCCGGCCAACCAGCCCCUCGACCUCUGCCCCUUCCUAACCCUCCCCAUCACCAUCACCAACACCGGCAACGUGACUUCCGACUACGUCCUCCUCGCCUUCCUGACCGGUCAGUACGGCCCGCAGCCCUACCCGCUCAAGACCCUCGUGGCCUACGAGCGCCUCUUCAACGUCACCGCCGACUCUCCGCAAACGGCGUAUCUGAAUCUGACGCUGGGGAGUCUGGGCAGGUUUGACGAGCAGGGGAACCAGAAGGUCUAUGCGGGGGAUUAUGCGCUCGUCGUGGAUACAGAUGCGCGGGCGGUGUGGAAUUUUACUGUCACUGGGGGCCAGGGGCAGGAUGACGCGGAGGUGAUGUUGGAUGAAUGGCCGCAGAUGCCGGUGGAGAGGGGGAUGAAGAAGCACAAGAGGAGGGAGGUGUUGAAGGAGUUGUGA